AUGAUGGCCAAUUCACUCGACACCGUAAAUGUGAAUCAACCUACGCAAAAUGGUAGUAAAGUACAACCAUGCAAUAAUGAGUCAAAGACCAAUUUAAUUGUGAACUAUUUACCACAGACUAUGACUCAGGAAGAGAUAAGAUCGUUAUUCUCCAGUGUUGGUGAAGUUGAGAGUUGCAAAUUGAUUAGAGACAAAGUCACCGUAUUUCCCGACCACAUUCUUAAUGGGCAGAGUCUAGGCUACGCUUUCGUCAAUUACCACAAAGCGGAAGACGCCGAGAAAGCGGUAAACACAUUGAAUGGUCUUCGAUUACAAAAUAAGAUAAUUAAAGUGUCUUACGCCCGUCCAAGUUCUGACGCAAUCAAAGGCGCCAACCUUUAUGUGUCUGGCUUGCCGAAACACAUGACACAACAAGACUUGGAGAAACUCUUCAGCCCAUAUGGAACAAUUAUCAGUUCUCGUAUUCUUCAUGAGAAUGUUAGUGUUGGUCAUUUAUUGCAAGGUGGCUUGGAUGACCAAUCAAUUCAGGGACCUUCAAGAGGUGUUGCAUUCAUACGUUACGAUCAGCGGUGUGAAGCAGAGGCAGCCAUACGUGAGUUAAAUGGUACAGUUCCACCUGGAGGCACUGGACCGAUGACAGUGAAAUGUGCAAACAAUCCAAGCAAUCAGAACAAGGCUCUGGCUCCUUUAGCAGCAUAUUUGGCUCCAACUUCAACUCGCAGAUUUGUUGGUCCUGCUGGUAAGGCACUUUUAGCAAUCAACAAAGGUCUCCAAAGAUUUUCUCCACUAGCAGAUCCCCUCAUACAAGGUAAUGCUCUUGGUGGUUCAGGUUGGUGCAUUUUUGUCUAUAAUAUUGGGGCUGACACUGAAGAGAGUACUCUAUGGCAGCUCUUCGGCCCUUUUGGUGCCGUCCAGUGUGUAAAAAUUAUAAGGGAUCCCACAACAAACAAGUGUAAAGGGUAUGGUUUUGUCACAAUGACCAAUUAUGAUGAGGCUGUUGUUGCAAUUCAAUCAUUGAAUGGAUAUUCACUUAACGGUCAGGUGCUGCAGGUCAGCUUCAAAACAAAUAAAAGUAAAUCCUAA